ACGUCACACACGUCAUUCGUUUCAUUUUCGUGCAGGAGGAUGAUCGUGGUGGUCUCGUUGGAGUAGCGCUGUAAAAUAGUGUUGUGAGUGAAUUGUGUUUAAGUGUUUCACCUCAGCUGAACUGAAAGUACCACCAUGUUUAGCUGGUUAAAGAAGGAGGGUGAAAAAACGGAGAGCAUCGACACUGUCGUCGAGGGGCUCAAAAAAAUCUACAAACAGAAGUUGCUGCCACUCGAGCAGCAUUACCAGUUCCAUGACUUUCACUCGCCACAGCUGGAGGAGCCGGACUUCGAUGCCAAACCCAUGAUACUGCUCGUGGGACAAUACUCGACCGGCAAGACGACAUUCAUCAAGUACCUGCUGGAGCGAGAGUUCCCUGGCAUUCGCAUCGGGCCCGAGCCCACCACGGACCGCUUCAUCGCCGUCAUGUUCGACGAGAAAGAGGGCGUGAUCCCCGGCAACGCGCUCGUCGUCGACCCCAAGAAACAGUUCCGACCACUCAGCAAGUUCGGAAACGCCUUCCUUAACCGCUUCCAGUGCUCGACGGUAGCGUCACCGGUAUUGCGCGGCAUCUCCAUUGUGGAUACUCCUGGUAUCCUGUCAGGCGAGAAACAGCGUGUGGACCGAGGAUACGACUUCACUGGCGUGUUGGAGUGGUUUGCGGAACGUGUAGAUCGCAUCAUCCUCUUGUUCGACGCGCAUAAGCUGGAUAUCUCUGACGAGUUCCGGCGCAGCAUAGAAGCGCUGCGCGGCCACGACGAUAAGAUUCGCAUUGUGUUGAACAAAGCAGACAUGAUUGAUCACCAGCAACUAAUGCGCGUAUAUGGCGCGCUCAUGUGGUCGCUCGGCAAGGUGCUACAGACGCCAGAGGUGGCGCGAGUCUACAUAGGCUCCUUCUGGGACCAGCCUCUGCGCUAUGAUGUUAACCGCCGCCUCUUUGAGGACGAGGAACAGGACCUCUUCAGAGACAUGCAAUCCCUCCCCCGAAAUGCUGCAUUACGAAAACUUAAUGAUUUAAUCAAAAGGGCGCGCCUCGCGAAAGUUCACGCAUACAUAGUCAGUGAGCUAAGAAAAGAAAUGCCCUCAAUGUUUGGUAAAGAUGGCAAAAAGAAGGAACUCAUUAAAAAUUUGGGACAAGUGUAUGACAGGAUCCAGCGUGAACAACAGAUUUCUCCCGGGGACUUUCCAGAUAUUAAGAAGAUGCAGGAAACUCUAGCCAAUCACGACUUCACAAAGUUCCACCCCCUCAAGCCCAAGCUACUUGAAGUUGUUGAUCACAUGCUGGCCAAUGACAUCGCCCGCCUUAUGGAUAUGAUUCCACAAGAAGACACCAAUGUUGUCUCCGAGCCAUUCAUCAAAGGCGGCGCGUUUGAGGGCGUAGAAGACCAGGUGUCACCGUUCGGCUACGGGCGCGGCGAGGGUGUCGACGCGGGCCACGGCGACCCCGAAUGGAUAUGCAGCCGCGAGAAACCACGCUACGAUGAAAUGUUCCGAGGACUCAAUCCCAUUGACGGCAAGGUCACAGGCGCUGCGGCCAAGACGGAGAUGGUGAAGUCGAAGCUGCCCAACUCGGUGCUGGGCAAGAUAUGGAAGCUGGCCGACAUCGACAAGGACGGGUUCCUCGACGACGAGGAGUUCGCCCUCGCCAUGCACCUCAUCCAGGUGAAGAUCGACGGGCACGACCUGCCCGCGGACCUGCCGCCGCAUCUAGUGCCGCCCUCCAAGCGGAACUGAGACGUCAAGGGAUUGGUAAAGUUACGCUCCAUCGACAGCGACGAAGGCGAAUAUAUCUACCCAUUUAUCC